GAAAUUUUGGCUUACUCAGUGCGUCAGUUUAGUUUGCAUGAGCAUAAUGGAAUGUCAUUAUUAAAAGAAGCGAAUAUAAAUGUACCAUCUUAUGGUGUUGGAAAAACUCCAGAAGAAGUAAUGCAACUCGCCAAACAAAUUGAAGGUAAAGAUUAUGUUGUUAAGGCACAAGUAUUAACUGGUGGUCGUGGCAAAGGAUAUUUCGAUUCGGGCCUUCAAGGAGGAGUUCAAAUUGUUUUUUCUCCUGAAGAAGCAUAUGAAAAAUCGAAAAUGAUGAUUGGAUCACGUUUAUUUACAAAGCAGACUGGAGGACAUGGAAAAUUAUGUAGAGAGGUCAUGAUUUGUAAACGAUUGUUCACUCGGCGUGAAUAUUAUUUUUCGAUUACUCUCGAUCGUCAAAGUGCUGGUCCGAUUAUAAUUGGUUCAUCUCGUGGUGGUGUUAAUAUCGAAGAAGUCGCGACAACAGACCCAUCAGCUAUUAUCAAAGUUCCAAUUAAUAUUUCGAAUGGUAUGACACCUGAGAUUGCGAAUGAAAUCGCUGAUAAAAUGGGUUUCAGUAAUGAAUGUAAAGCUAAAGCUAUGGAUAUCUUUAAAAAAUUAUAUGAUCUUUUCAUAAAAAUCGAUGGUACUCUUAUUGAAAUAAAUCCUUUGGCAGAGGAUGUCAGUGGUGAAGUUUAUUGUAUGGAUUGUAAAAUUACUAUCGAUGAUAAUGCUGAAUAUCGUCAACAAAAAUUGGCGAAGAUGAUAGAUCGUUCUCAAACAGAUCACCUUGAAUUGCGUGCAGCUGAGGCCAAUCUGAAUUAUAUUAGUUUGGAUGGAGAUAUUGGCUGCAUGGUAAAUGGGGCAGGAUUGGCGAUGGCCACUAUGGACAUAAUAAAAUUACACGGAGGAGAACCUGCAAAUUUUUUGGAUGUUGGCGGAGGUGCGACAGUGGAGCAAGUCACUGAAGCAUUCAGGAUCAUCACAGCCAAUAAGGAAAAGGUUUCUAUUCAUGCCAUACUUGUUAAUAUUUUUGGUGGAAUCAUGCGAUGUGACGUAAUAGCACAGGGCAUCGUGACCGCAGCUAGGGAACUUAAUUUAAAAAUUCCAAUUGUUCUUCGUCUUCAAGGAACACGAGUCGAGGACGCAAAGGCUUUAAUUGCUGAUUCGCAGUUACGAAUUCUCGCUUGUGAUGGUUUGGAAGAAGCUGCUAAAAUGGUUGUGAAAAUUUCAACCAUUGUGCAACUUGCUCGUUCAGCUUCUGUUGAUGUCAAAUUUGAAUUGUCAAUUUAA